CCUCCACCGACGAUUGUCAUCUCCACUCCGAUUUCCUCCCUCGCCCGCUCCCUCCCUCACUCGCUCGGGGACAUGGAUUCCCCGUCGGAUUCAUCCUUCGCCGGCCAGAAGCGCAAAGUCGCCGACAUGAGCUCCGACGACGAGGACGAGCGCCCGACCAUGGGGUUCCGCGGCUUUGCGCGAGCUUCGUCUCGGUCGGAGUCCCCUCCCUCUUUCGGUCUGGGUAGCGGUCAUCGCAAGCCUAGGAACAACAUGGCGCAGUCCGCAAUGGGGGGCUCCAGGGGGGGCAAUAACAAUGGCGGCAAAGGCCUGGCGGGAGGAAAUUCGUUCGCCGCGCGCAUGAUGGCCAAGAUGGGUUAUGUCGAGGGUCAAGGUCUUGGGUCCGGGGGUCAAGGUAUCGUCAAUCCGAUCGAAGCUCAGGCGCGUCCCACGGGUGCGGGUCUGGGUGCCGUUCGAGAGAAGACGAAGCAGGCGCGUGAGGAGGAGAAACGAGCGGCGGCCCAUCGCGGUGAAACGCUCGAGGAUAGCUCCGACGAGGAGCGCAAGAGACGACAGAAGAAAAAGGAGCAACGCAAACGAGAGAGCCGCAGUGGCACAGGGACGCCGGUUGCCCGCGCGAAGCCGCAAUUCCGCACGGCCCGGGAAAUGGAGGCAGAUAUGGAGGGCCUGGAGGUCCCGAAUGUGCUCAAGUCGUUGAUUGAUGCCACGGGGAAGGAACAAAGAGUGAUCACCUCCACAGCGGGCCUGAUGACCCCAAUGCCCUUCGUCAACCAGGGCGAAGGCGAGGCGCUGAAAAUCGCACAACGGGCGCGCCAUGACCUAGAAGCCUUUGCCGACGAAUGGAAGGGAUUGACCGAACGAAAGAACUUCAUCGAAUUAGAAGAGGCGCAGAUAGUUGAGCAACUCGACACUCAGCAGCUACGAGCCGAUCAGUUGGCGGAAUUGAUCACGGCCGUUGGGGCGCUGGAAAUCUUCCAAGAUGACAGCAACGUCCGGAGGAAGUUCGAUGAAGUAACCGACAAGCUUGAAUCGCUGGAAAUGAAAUUCCGAAACGAAAUCCUUGAAUACCGACUACCUGAGACAGCGGUAGCCGCCAUACAUCCCCUCUUCCGUGAAGCCAUGGAAGAAUGGGAGCCUCUCAAGGAACCGACAUUCCUCGUACCGCAUCUCCGCCGCCUCCAACCCUUGCUCUCUCGAAAGAAGAACACCGAAGAAGGCCAACGACAGUCAACAUCGCCCUACGAAACGAUGAUAUACACCCUCUGGCUGCCCCGCGUGCGGUCAGCCCUCCUCAACGAAUGGGAUGUGUUCGACCCGACCUCCGCCACGUCGCUAAUCGUUGCAUGGAAGGAGAUUCUCCCGUCCUUCGUGUACGCCAACGUGCUUGAUCAGCUCGUGGUGCCCAAGCUCACCGGCGGGAUCAAAGAAUGGAAGCCCAGAAGCAGCAGUCGACAGCAUUCAUCCUCGCAGCACGGUUCCCGGUUCCCGUGGUGGCUAUUCACAUGGCUUCAAUAUCUCGACGAACGACACACCGACCCCAAGCAGGCCACGGGUCUUCUGUCAGAUGCAAAGAGGAAAUUCUGCACGCUGCUGGAGUCCUGGGACCUCAGGAGAGGCCUGGUCAGCGGCAUCGAGCUCUGGCGCGACGCGCUGGGAUCCGGGUUCGACGACUGUCUACUUAAAUACCUCCUCCCGCGACUCGGUCGCCAUCUGCGCGACGAUUUCGAAGUCAGCCCGCAAGACCAGGAUCUCACCGCGCUCAACGACGUGCUGGCAUGGAAGGACUUUUUCAAACCCAAAGUGAUGGGCCUGCUCCUGGUGGCCGAGUUCUUCCCCAAAUGGCACUUCAUUCUCCACUACUGGCUCACGCACGACCCGAACUACGAAGAAGUCGGCGAGUGGUUCGUGUGGUGGCGUACGCAGAUCCCCGUCGACAUCAACGAACUGCCCAUAGUCAACGACGAAUGGAACAAGGGCCUGGAGUCCAUGAAUCUGGCCUCGAGCCUGGGCGACCGAGCAGCCGCCGAACUUCCACCCCCGACCACGACGCGCCACGAGCCCGAGGAAAAGAAGGAACAGGCAACUCGCGCGCCCGUCGAAGCGCCGCGCAAACCCAAGGCCGUCGAAGAGGUCAGAUUCAAGGACCUCCUCGAAUCGUGGUGCGAAAACGAGGGACUCCUCAUGCUGCCGCUGCGGGAGGCGCAUCCGCAGAACGGCCAGCCUCUCUUCCGCAUCACGGCCAGUGCGACGGGAAAAGGGGGCGUCGUGGCAUACUUCCACGGCGACGUGGUCUGGGUGCAGAACAAGAAGGCCAAAGAUAUUUGGGAGCCGAUGGGCUUGGAAGAGCGAUUGGUGGAGAGGGCAGAAGGGAAGUAAUUUCGUUCUUAGCCUUUACCACCCUCAAGGUUCCUACGAGUUUCUUGAAAACUUUUUGCUUUUUCUGGGCUUUUAUGAUAUCCUGUUUCGUCUAUGAUAGAAUGUACGGAGUACCGUUUUUUCAAAAGCAAACGAAAUACCCCAUGACUCUAUAUAAUUGAAGAGAAAAUAUUAAUU